GACGGCGACAGUUGUGACCGGUAUAUUGCGGAGUUAACAUCAGCGCGAUGGAUCAAAAACGUAUUUCACCGAUGUAUGCAAACUACGAGGAUUUACGUGCAUCGGAAAUACCGAGUGGAAGUUCCAAUACGACAAUGAUCACCAUUGUACCCGAUCAACAACAACAACAACAACAGCAACAACAACAACAAUUGCAACAACAAAAUCUAAUUUAUCAAGAACAACAAGAGGAAGAACCAAAAAUGUUUCAACCCGAAGCUCGCACAGGCGGACCACAAUAUUCAACAUUCAAGACAUCUGAAAAUGAACCGUUGGGCUGCAUGGAAUGGCUGGUCACAAUGCUGUCAGUUGUGGUUUUCAUCAUCACGUGCCCCAUCUCGAUCUUCAUCUGCUUCAAGGUGGUGGCCGAAUACGAGCGUGCCAUAAUCUUUCGUCUGGGUCGAUUAUCCGGCGGAGCACGAGGUCCCGGCAUGUUCUUCAUUUUGCCGUGCAUUGAUGAGUACCGGAAAGUGGAUUUACGUACGGUCACAUUCAAUGUUCCGCAGCAGGAGAUGUUGACCAAGGACUCGGUGACGGUGACUGUCGACGCUGUGGUCUAUUAUCGCAUCAAAGAUCCACUUUAUGCGAUUGUCCGCGUUGAGGAUUAUAGCAACUCGACCCGUUUGCUGGCGGCGACCACAUUACGGAAUAUUGUCGGCACAAGGAAUCUGACCGAGCUCCUCACCGAGCGGGAGACUCUUGCUCAUCACAUGCAGUUCACCCUUGAUGAGGCCACCGAACCCUGGGGCGUUAAGAAUCAAACGACGUCUAUGUCAUGGAUAGUCUAG